GGGCUGGGAUGGAAAAGGUGGAGAGAUGUUGCAAAAGGUGAAAUGAAACAGUUGUAUGAAGAAUUUGUGGAACUUUCCAACGAAGGCGUGAGAGAUGGCGGACAUAAUGACACCGGCGAGUACUGGCGCAGCUGGUAUGAGAGUGAUACGUUUGAAGAGGACCUAAAGACACUGCUGGAAGAGUUAAAGCCCUUGUAUAGCAAACUUCAUGCAUACGUACGGAAGAGGCUGAAGGAACAUUACGGUCCCGAACAUUUUCCUGCUAGUGGUCACAUUCCAGCUCAUCUCUUUGGGAACAUGUGGGCUCAAAGUUGGAUCAACUUGUAUGAUAUGUUAGAGCCGUACCAAGGACGAGAAAGCAUUGAUAUUACCCCGGUCCUCAAACAAAGGGUAAGUUUUCAUCCUGUUAUAUUUAUAAAACAGAAAGUAAUAAUAUGAAAUAAAAGUCACGUU